AUGUCUCCUCAGCUUGCAUGGAUUGGCCUCGGCAACAUGGGCCGCGGAAUGGCCAAGAACCUUGCCGCAAAAGCCCCCAUCAGCGCCCCGGUCCUCAUCUACAACAGAACCACCUCGCGCGCUGAGGCCUUCGCUUCACAACACCCCAACACAGCUGUUGCGUCUUCCAUCCUAGAAGCAGUCACCAAGUCGGAUAUAAUAUUCACGUGUGUCGGAGACGACGCCGCCAUCACCGAGACCAUUGACACCGCCGUGAGUGCCGGCGAUCUCAAGAACAAGCUCUUUGUGGAUCUCUCCACCGUGCACCCGGAUACCACCACCUCCAUCUCAGACAAAAUUCAGAAACACGGCGGCCGCUUCGUGGCCAGUCCUGUCUUCGGCGCGCCAGCUAUAGCCGAUGCCGGACAGGUCAUUUGCGUUCUUUCAGGUCCGAAGGAUGCGGUUGAGCAGGUGAAGCCUUAUACGACCAGUGUGAUUGCCAAGUCCUUUCUGGACUUUAGCGACCAGCCAGUAGCCAAGGCGUCGCGGCUCAAAGUCCUCGGUAAUACCUUUGUAAUCAGCAUGGUCGAGACCAUUGCAGAAGGGCUCGUCGUUGCGGAGAAGUCCGGGCUGGGAACAGAUGCACUGCAUCAGUUCUUCGAGGCUGUUUUCCCCGGUCCGUAUGUUGCGUACUCGGCUAGAAUGCGGAGUGGAGAUUACCACAAGAGGCCGGAGCCGUUGUUUGCGGUUGACUUGGCGAGGAAGGAUGCGAGGCAUGCCAUGGAUUUGGCGGAGAAGGCGGGUGCCACGAUGCGCGGGUUGAAGUUGGCGGAUGGCUAUAUGACACAGGUUCAGGAGCACCAAGGUGAACGGGGUGAUGUGGCUGGCAUUUAUGGGGCAGUUAGAGAGGAGGGUGGGUUGACGUUUGAGAAUUAG